UAUAAAUAUUUUACAUUCGUUUUAAAAAAAAUAGAAUCUUUUAUUAAAAAAUUAUACGCGUUCUUAUACGGCACUUGCGCCACUCAACUAUCAUUUCUUUUAUUUAUAUUCGGAAGACAAAUAGAGGAAUCGGGCGGUCUAGUUCGUGUUUUGGGAGGAACAAUGGCAGCGAGAAUUUUCGCUGAUUUUUUUUUUUUUUUUCCUUUCUUCUAAUCUGCUGUUGCAGUGCUAUGAUUACUAUCAUGUUUUUGUCAAGAGUUUUUGGGAGAACGCCAUUUGCUGCAGCUAAAUCCGAAGUAUCUGCUGCGACAGCUGCUUCUGCAGCGAGAAACCCUCUGAAAGAGUUCUUUGAGGCAGAUAGAAGCACAGAUGAUGACAAACAGGUUGUCUAUUGUCUAUGUUGGAAGGUUUCCAAACUACGACUGAAGUCAUGGGAUGAUCUUCAUAAGCUAUGGUAUGUUUUAUUAAAGGAGAAAAACAUGCUGAUGACUCAAUGCCAGAUGAGGUCCUUCGGGAUAGGUAUGAGAGCUGCUUUGCUUCACUCACAGAAUCUAGGGUUUCCUAAUCCGGAGUGGUUCCCAAGGUAUAACUCCAUUACUUUGUUUCUACCUAGAUACGUGUGCAAUUCUUGUCAUGUCUUGCUCCUCAAAUGCUUGGCUAACUGUGCAAGGAUUUACGAAGACCUUCAGAAAAUAUCGAUUGAAUUGUUUAAGUGUCAGUGUGGCGAUUCUUGGUUGUUGAUCAAAUAUAAAAUUCAGAAGAGGAAGUCAAUUGGUGGUAUCAAGCAAGUACUCACUGAAAGAGCAAUUGAAGAACCAGAUCCCAGGAGAUCUGCUGAGAUGAAGAGGAUGAUAAAUGCUCUGUGAUGAUUUCCAGCUUGUGAUGUUCUAAAAAUACUGUAUUGGUUAUGCUGGUGGAAUGCAAUGCGACAUUGUUUUUCUGUGCAGCUUCUUUUCACUCACUGAUAUCACCUUUAAGGAGUAAAUGGACAAACUUCAAUCAACAUGUGAAUUUAAAUACUACUUGGUUCUUCUUGUGCUGAUUAUUGAGCGCACGAUCAACACAUCUUGUAGUUGGUGGCUAAUGGAACAGUAGAGCAUCGAUACGUGUUCUGUUGGGGUCAAUGUUAUUUGAUUCUACUACUUUUCGUCUCUCUUGCUUUCAUUUUGAACUUUCUUCUUUGGUGGCCCUAAAUGGUGUGCAAUAUAUAUGUAUGUAUGUAUAGAUGGACACGUGUAUAGAUGAAUCAACUUUUUUUUUUUUUUUCAUGCUUCAAAUGUGCAAGAUCAGGAAUGUACAACAUGAAUAUUUAAUUAAAUGUGAUGGAGUGUACAGUCAAAGUUCGAACUCA